AUGCCAGUCACAAUAUUGGCGUCAACAGUCUCACAGGUUCGCGCAAUCAUAAUCACCUGUGUCGUUACCUUUUUCGUACUGUACACACUCUCCGACAUUUACCAUUCAACCCCCAAACCAGGCUCGUCAAGUAUAGAAUCCCAUCCCCGCACCAACAACCUUGCGGCCGACAGACCGGUGGAACAAGCUGGACCGAAGCCGGAAGAUGAACCAGAAGACGCGAGUGAGAAAAUCCCAAUCGAGGAAGAGGUCAUUCCUCACGGAGUUUCUGUCUUCAUGCCCGACAAUUUUUCCAAGCACCUUGUUCUCCCGCGCAUGAGAAGCGAAGACGUUACAUGGCUCACCUACCUCCCGGAGGACCUCAACAUCAUAACCAAAACAUACUUGAUCGAUCCCGAUGAAGGCGAUACACUGCCGAGCACACUUACAGUCCCAAUUAAUAAAGGCCACGAAGCGCAGGCGUACCUGACCUACAUAAUAGAGCAUUACGAUAACCUCCCGGACAUUGCAAUCUUCACACACGCGCACUCGACAGCCUGGCACAACAACGACCUACAAGUAUCCUCAACCCCCGUGAUGCUUCUGGAGCUGAACUACCAACGCGUCGCGGAGCACGGAUACAUGAACCUCCGUUGCCACUGGAAACCCGGCUGUCCGGGCUGGAUAAGACUAAACACGACGGAAUACGACGAUUUCAAGAAGGAGGAGUUCGUCAUGCACGAGUCCUUCAUGGAGCUCUUCCCGGAGGAGGUGAUGCGCGACGGCAUCCCAGACAUACUCGGCACCCCCUGCUGCGCUCAAUUCGCCGUGUCCCGCUCGCGGAUAAUGCAGCACGCCAAGGAACGAUACGUAUCCUGGAGGAAAUGGAUCACCGAUACCCCUCUCAGCGACGAGGUCUCCGGGAGAGUGAUGGAGUAUGUCUGGCACUUCAUUUUCGCUUCCCCGUCUCUGACCAGGAACGCGGAUAGAGCGGUGUAUUGCCCGGCGGAGCACGUGUGCUACUGCGAUGGGUACGGGUACUGCUUCGGCGACGAUGCCAAAUACAAGCGCUGGGUUGAGAAGCGGGAUAGGGCGCGCGAGAUGGCUGAGCGGUUGGAAGCGGCGGAAGAGGGUGUCGGCAGGGAGGAGGGUGAGGACGAAGCGUGGCGGCAGGAGGGCAUAAAGCAAUGGAAGCGAGAGCUCAAGAAAAUGGAAUGGGAGUGCGAGGUAGAGAUGCAGUACGCCCGCAGACGUGGGAGCGAUGCGAAGCUGAGGAGGGGGGAGGUCGGUGAGUUGGAGUUUUCUGGGUGA